AGCAUGCUGAGUCUGUACUUGGAGGUAUAGACUACCUGGUGUUGAACCAUAUUGCUCUUUCCCCUGUGGCACCCUGGGUAGGGUCAGAUAAGAACCUGACCCUAGUGGACACAUUGUACACCGUCAACACUAAAUCUUACAUCCAUCUCACAUCUCAUGCCCUCCCUCUGCUGGAACAGUCUAGGGGACAUAUAGUCGCAGUUUCAUCACUUGCUGGUAAAGUGCCUCAUCCUUAUAUCAUCUCAUACUCAUCUUCAAAAUUUGCCUUAGAUGGUUUCUUUAGUGGAUUACGAAUAGAGUUUUCGCUAAGAAAAAUAGAUGUCUCUGUCACACUGUGCCUGCUAGGAUUUGUAGGAACAGAAAAUGCAGUACAGCAGCUAAGAAAUUAUGGGUUCAAAGGAAUAGUUGACUAUGUACCCAUGUCAACUCCGUCCAGUGCCGCACUUGCCAUUGUAAAAGGAGGAGCCGACAGGGCUCGGGAAGUUUAUUAUCCAUUCAUGCAGGUGCGAUCAAUGACUCUCCUUAGAGAUAUAAUACCUGGGACUUUAGCUCAAAUUAUAGGACUUGUUUUUAGUCAUUGAUAUAGCUUUAAGAAAUUGUAAAAUUAUGAGCCUGGCAUCAAUUUUUAAAAACAGCAUUAUAUUAUGGAUCUGCAAAUCAAUUGUUCUCUAAUUACAGAGUAUUUGUAAAACAGAUAUGCAACUUCAUGAUGCUAAGAGGAAUAGACCCAAGGUCUGAUAAAAGGAUGUGUUAUGACAUGUGCUAUUUUACCUUCGUAGUCAGCUUUAGGGGUCCGGCGAUUGCUCGAGUGCUCUGUAAUGAUACAAGCAUAUUGAUAAUCAACUUGAAAAACACUCAAAAUACCUUAAAGGA